AUGUCUCGAAUCUUCGAAUACUUCGUGGUGUGCGGGAUCGGACCAGAGAUUCGAACCAUCGACGGAAGCAAAGGAUACCAUGGCCCUACUUGCAUGUACCUUCCUUCUCUUCUCGAUCAGUAUCCUCCUCUAAAUCACUCUCUCUACCCUCCUCCGCCACCUCAGCUUUCCACAUGUGUUUUACCAGCCGGCGUUGAAUUCUACCCGUCGGGAUUCGAUUCCAAUGAUCCUUCCUCGUUUCCGCGGAGCUAUCCGAUUGUUUUAACCGGUGAGCACGAGGAACGUGGUCAUGGUGAAACAAUUGGAGAUUAUAGCAGGAAACUACAGCUAGGAAGGUUACUAUUUGUAGGGGUUUCUUUGUUGGAUGUUGAGAGAAAUGUGUUUGCUCAAUGGAUGUACCCUUCUUUCAUUUUCAUUUUGACGGGGCAAAGCAAUCUGAGAGAAAUUGUUCCAAAGUCAAUGGGUACAUUUGAUACACCCAAUAUUCAUCCUCCACACCAGGGUGAUGGAUCGAAAAUAUAUGUCAGCUGCAUUUCUUUCCGGGAUCCAAUUUGUGAGGAUAUUGCAGAGGCCUACCGGAUACAGACAAAUUCAUAUGCUGACAAAUGCAUCUGUCUGGUUUCACGCUUGCCAAGUUUCAGUGUAUUAAGAAGUGCUCUAGAGGAAAUAUUUACUCUAUGUUUUUCCCCAAAUGGAAGUAGCAAGCCACUAUGGGAUGUUAUAGCACAUAUGGUGUCUAGUGUGCCUUUGCCAACUCCUGGAAAGGAGCGAGUUCUGUUUGCUAUUGAGAGUUGUUUGCUUUCUGUAGAGGCUCCACCUAAUGAUGGGCUCCCCCAUGCUGAUAUAUCAUUUCUGCCUAUAGUGCAGUGCUUGGAUGUUGACAACCUAGUGAGACUGUUUACAGCAGUGUUACUUGAGAGAAGGAUUUUGCUUCGAGCUAACAAUGGAGUAGAUUAUAUUGAUGCUCCUACACCGUAUAUGAUGGGGCUCUAUUCUGGUGUUGAUAUUUCUGCUCUGGCAAUGGAUGGGAUAGAGCUGGGGGUGAUACUGGGAAAAACUCAAGUCCCACAUUUGGCAAAAGACACAGAUGCAGCAGAUGCUGUAUUUACUAUUAGAUUGUUUACAAAUGAAAGUCUAGAGCUACUAGGAGAUGAAGACUUGAAGGUUGAGAAUAACAUAUUGACCUGGGCCUUCAAAAGGAAUUUGUUGUUGGAUGUUGAGACACAUUGGAGGCUUGGUGCGAGGCACUCCAGUCUGUGUACAAUGUUUUAUUUUGUUAAUUUAGAGGUUGUUGUUGUGGACCUUGAGUAUAAUCUCAUCACUACCUCAGAGGAAAUUCCUCCUAUUCCCGAGCCAGAAUUUAGCAUUUUGCGUGGUGAGAUAAUGAAGCUAAUAUAUCCCAAUGUAAUUGGAAUUGAUGAGAUGAAGGCUAGAAUAUACCGUUUAUCUGAUCAAGAUCCUAAACUUAGGACUAAGUACUGGGGAGAGGAUCAUGACCUCCAGCUAAGUGCUACUCAAGUCUUCAACACCCAAGCUUUUUUGAAGAAGCGGUCUCGAUCUACUAACCAACCACCAGAGCCCAUGAUAGCUCAGUUCCUUGACUCUCAUGGCUUCUUGGAUUAUUUGGAAAGAGGAGUAGGUUCUGAUGAAAGCAACAAUAAUCUGCUUGAUAAGCUGCAAGAUGCAAUCGGAAGGGGUCAAAACCCUAUGUCAAUUCUUCCUUCAUCCCCAGUAGAAACCGAGAUUUUAACAGUAUCAGAUUCUGAUAUUGGAAUAUCAGGAUCUGGGGCCAAACACACUUAUGAUAGAUUCCCUGCAAAUAUCAGAACAGAUGAACAAGAAGAAAAGAGGAAACAGAUUCUUGCAGCAGUUAGUAACGCUUUUGAGUAUUCAGGAAGACAUACUCCAAGUAAGGAUCCUUUAGCAGAUACUCUUAGUCCACUUGAGAGAGCUGCUGAAAGGGAGCGCAUGGUGCUAGAUAUUAAGGUUAAGCUGCAGGGUUUAUGGCUGCGGCUUCUUAAACUGGGAGCAACAGAUGAUCCUCUCUCAUCCUUUGAAUAUGGAACAAUACUUGCUUUGAUUGAAUCUGAUGCCGAGGGGAUUGGAGGGUUGGGACUGUCAUCUCACUGA